AUGAUCUACUUCAUGAGGCAGAACAAGUAUAUAAUGCCACCACUGACCCUCGGGGCCGGAUUUGCCAAACGGCAGUAUCGAAACUUACUUACAGUUUUACUGGGGGAAGAGAUAGCUCUUGACCUUCGGUCUGGAAUAAGUAAUCGCAAUGUAGCGUCUGAGCUUGUAGAUAUCCUUGGACGCGCUCGCAAAGGCGAUUUCAACUAUAGUCACUAUCAACCGUUGGUGCGGCUCGUCAUCCAGAAGGAGCCUGACGUCGAUAUCGGGAAGGCCGUCCUCAACCUCAUCACCACCGUCUCGCGAGCAACCCCUCCAGCGAACAUACCUCCCCCGUCGAUGGGCACACCAGUCAAAUCCACCUCGUCAUCACAGAAUGGCUCCGAGCAGACGCGUGAGUUGGCGAAUCUGAGAAUCUUUGAGGAGAUAUGUGGCUGCACAUUUCAUGACGUUGAUGGCUUUUUUGACAAGUAUUUUGAGGGGAAAAACUGGAGUGAUGAAGCAGAUGCCAUCUGUCAACGCAUGCUAUCCCCAGACAGUAACGAACAACAUCCUCAGCUGGUGGCUUCAUCUUCAAGAAGACCGACCUACUCUCACAAUCACGCAGCACCUACUAGUCCACUAGAUAUCCUGGUAGUUGGCGAGCUCAAAAAAUCCAAUAAGGAGAUCAGGACCAAAGACACUCUGCUGCAGAUGAGCUGCUACGUGCGUGAAGUCUUUGCCGCCCAGCCCACCCGGCGGUUCAUCCACGCGUUUGCCGUCUGCGGGACCAAGAUGGAGCCGUGGGUGUUCGACCGUUCGGGUCCCUAUAGCUCCGGCAUCAUCGACGUCUACCAGGACUCGAGACGGUUCUUUCAGGUGUUUGUCAGGUACACCAUGAUGAGUGAUGAGCAACUGGGACUUGAUACUUUUAUUGCUAGGGAUGAAGACGGAAGCAAAUCAAUAACCCUCAAAGGGCCUGGGACAUUAGAUGAAAAAGUGCUUCAGCUGGGUGGAAUACUUUCCUUUCAACGUGCCAUCGUGUGUCGCGGGACCACAUGUUUUCUCACAAACGAUGGACAAGGCGUAGCUAAAUUCUCGUGGGUGUCGGACAAGCAGCGACCGGAGGUGGAACUCCUCGAGCUAGCAGGCCAAAAGAAUGUCCAAGGAGUUGCAACGAUCAUCGGUCACAGUACCAUCACCAGCAUCGCCGACAUGCGUUGCGGCCUGACCUUCAAUGACAAGCACCAUAACUUCAAAAGCGCAGCCCCCAGCACACCCUCCUCAUUUCAUCAAUCCCAGCCGGUCAUCGAGCCGCUCGGCGCACAAGCCAAGCCUUUUCGACAUGAAUGGCGAGGAACCGUACGAAACCGUGUCCUCCGCUGUCUAGUGAUAUCGCCUGCUGGGCGGCCGAUAUACAGUUAUGAAUCACCCUUGGAGCUGCUCAUGGCGCUUCGCGAUGCAAUAAAGGCGCAUCAGUGUCUUUACCUGGACGGGAAUAUCCUUCAUCGGGAUAUUUCAGAGAACAAUAUAAUAAUCACCGAUCCAGACAAGGCGGGCGGUCACUCGGGCAUGCUAAUCGAUUUGGAUCUUGCCAAAGAUGUUGGGAGCGGGCGAAGUGGUGCGCGGCACUGGACUGGCACGAUGGAGUUCAUGGCGAUUGAGGUGCUGCUUAAUAUCGACCAUACCUAUCGGCAUGAUCUCGAGUCGUUCUUCUACAUGCUUAUCUGGCAAUGUGCCCAUCACGGUUUGGAGUUAAAAACGCCGCAAACAUCUCAUCAACUGCAAGAAAGGCCUGAAUCUAGUCUGCUCAAGAAAUGGUACACUGGCAACUACGAGGAAAUUGCAACUUAUAAAUGA